GGGCACUCAGACAUGUCCGAUACGUCACUAUGUGGGACAGGCGAGCUGAGCUAGUUGUGACUGGGACACCGACAUUUGUCCCAUCUGUUUCAGGAGACUACAUGGGACGGUAUUACAGCAUCACUCGUUUGUUUGUGUCUCCUUCGUUCAGACUCCCUACUCAUCAUUAUCAGCCUAGCUCAUUAGCUUUGCAUCUUACGACACGAGCUUUGCAGCGUAUACAUCAGCGGGCUACUGCCACAGUGAGUGAUACUCAUGAUGUGGACAUGUAUGGACAGACUCUGACAGGCAUUGCCUCCUUGUGUUCAGAUGUGUUGGGGCGAGUCGACUACGACCAUCUUAUACACAUGCCCCCAUCUCAGGAGAUGGCAUCGACGUCUAGUGCAGCGGCGGCUUCAUCAUCCCAGACGCAGCAUGAGAGAGUGAUUCUUCAACCACGACCACGGCGUAGGCGUAGACAUCAGCAGCAACA